AAGGCCUUGGUACCAACGAAUGGGUUUACCCAAUGGAUCCCAAAUCGACCAAGUUCUCAAAGAAGUACAUACUCUGCAUGUUCUGGUCAACGAUGACGCUGACCACCAUAGGGGAAAGACCUCCCCCAGUUACAGAAGUGGAGUACAUCUUCACUGGGUUCACCUUUCUCGUCGGAGUCUUCGUCUUUGCGGCAGUGGUCGGCAAUGUUGGUGACGUCAUCAGUAACAUGAACGCCGCCAGGCGAGACUUUCAAGCCAGAAUGGACCAAAUCAAGUUCUACAUGGAUCAUCGUAGCGUCCCGGACCAUCUGCAGACUCGCAUCAAGAGAUGGGCGGAAUAUACCUGGGACAGGACCAAGGCGAUUGACGAACCAAACGUUUUACAGUUUCUUCCAGAUCGCCUGAGGACUGAAGUGGCUAUACACGUCCACCUGGACAUUCUGAAGCAGGUGUCCAUAUUUGACGAGUGUGAGGAAGGACUUCUUCGGGAGUUGGUGCUGAAACUCAAACCUCAGAUAUUCUCGCCCGGAGACUACAUUUGUCGUAUAGGCGAGAUUGGUCGAGAGAUGUACAUCAUCAACCAUGGCAAGGUGGAGAUCCUGUUCCCAGACGGCGAGUCAGGAGGAAUGAAGCAGGUGGCCGUCAUGAAUCCGGGAAACUUCUUUGGGGAGAUCAGCCUUCUCAAACUGGACGAUGGCCAAAACAAACGCACCGCUGACGUAAGGUCUAUUGGAUUCUCGGAGCUCCUCUGCCUCUCCCGCCGAGACUUGAUGCUUGCUUUGACAGAGUACCCUGAUGCAAAGAAAGUCCUGGAAGAAUAUGCGCGACAAAGGUAUAACAACACGAAAAGAAUGACUCCGACAGACACAGAAGAAAGCCGAAGCACAUCUCCCCGUCCUUCAGUCUUCUCCUCCAUGCCAGGGAGACGCUCCGCGAAGCAAGUCUUUGCCCGGGUCAUGAAACAAGAAGGCUUUGUCAAACUGCUCGCUGAUAAAACAUCCGAUCUGCAGGAGCUAAAAGCAGCGGUUUAUGAACUGAAGGAAUCGAAAAAUGCCGAACUGGAGGAGAGUUUCGUCACCCUUCAAAGGCAGGUUCAACAACUCGAGAAAAUGCUUCUGGACAAAAAUCUCGAGCUGCAAGAGUCGAAAGCUCACAUCAGCUACUUGGAGACCGUGGUGAAAAGGCUGAGUCACGACUCUGGCUCCAAGCCCGGCAGCAGAGUGGACUCCCCUGUUCUCAGUCGCAACAGCCCCUUCUCCGGGAUGAACCGCUCCCUGCGCUGGCAGGAGCUCCACCGAGUGAACACCAUAGUCCACGACAUGCAGAAGAACAUCCCCAUCAACAAGCUGGAGAGAAGCAUGAGUGUGGAAACCCAGCUGGGACGAGCCACAUCGGGUGACCCCAUUUAUUCUGAGCAGCCAACCGUGGGGGGGAACCCUCCUCUCGUGCAUAAUGGCGGCGCCUGUCAAGUUAGGAGGAAUUCUUUUCGGUUGACCCCUCAAAAGAAUGUGAACUCUAAUGAUCUUCCCCUGUGUUCUUCCCACAGUUCGGGGAGUGAUAACGGCUCCCUCCAUUACUCAUCAGAUUCUGACUCCGAGGCCUCAGAUACAGACUCCGCUGCUGACGGAGACGGAAGUCCCCAUCUGCUGACAAAAUCAGACAACACAGCGACUGUCCUUGGCAUCACAUCAUCAUCAAAGCUCAGCAUGAUGCAUUUAGCGGAAGUGAAUGGUGUUAUGCUCGGUGAGUGCCUGCAACAAACAAGACGCCGUGCGAGUUUGCCCAGGUCCAAUUACGGCCACAACGUGAGAACUUAUAUUCAAAGGUCAGCCACUGUGUGUGAGGCCGGCGGGUUCACAAAUCCCCCGGCGAAUUUAGUUGUAAACCCCCGUAAGACUCCCAAAACUAGAACCGCUUCAGAAGGAUGUGACUCCCCGAUGAGAAGGAAAUUCGGCGGCUGUGUUCGACCAGACUCACUUUAUUAUUUUGACAAAUCUGAUGGAAACUCUCAAGCAACAUCCAGGACUUUUCGCCCUGAGAGUUGUGGGAACGCACUAAAUGUUCGUUCUGCUCAAAAUAAAAUAGAAGAGCCCCAUUUGGCGUCGCAUUCUAAGUCCCAUGAAUCUCAAUCCGAAAUCGGCGGGGAACCUGCCAAUGCGUCGCCAGACGUCAAUAAUUAUUAUACUCUGUGCUGCCUGGGAAGUGCCGACAGCAAUGACCUUGACUUCAGUGGUGGAGACAGCUCCUCCCCGUGGGGCAGACACAGCGCUCGCUCAAGUUCAUUGACCUCCGUUUCGUCUCUCCAGACUGAUCAAAGUUCCCUCCUGGGUUCUGCAAGGACUUCCUUAGACUCGGCUUACCUUGGUGUUUACUCCUGCCCCCAGGGUGCAGGAGACAGAGAUAGCAUGUCACCCUCUACUUUUUCAGAGGACGCAGACGUCUAACAUAAAGGGCCGUCUAUUUUGGAAGUUUUUGUUAAGUUCAGUGUCUUACUGUAAUCAAAGACGAUAAUUCAGAAGGGCAGAACAUGAGGUUGUUUCGGCAGUUCACCCUUGUUUGGGGUGAACAUUUUUUAAAGAAAAAACGAAAAGAAAAAUCCAAAAGUUGGCCAAGUUCUAAAGGAGAAAACCAAAUAGUCAGCUUGUACGAAUCUACAGUUGUAGGUGUACGAAAGGUGAAAGAAUUCAGGGGUGUUCGAAGUUUUUACAUAACUAACAUAAUUUAGUUCCUCUGGUGUUUGGUAUGGACUUUUAACUUCUGUGUGGAUGUGUUGACUUGCGAAUAUGGAUCUAAUUGUUUUCUCUUAUCGACAAUUCGUGUGUCUGUGUUUUCCCCCCAAAAGAUGACACUGUUUUCUUCUAUUUAUUUAAUUGCCAUGUUUGCUAUAAGAAGCAGAAAAAAUAAGACAACUGUUUUGUGAUAGAAGGGGAGACUAGUUGGGACAAUUCAGUUUUGAAUUGUUUGACAACUGUAUUGAGAUCUGAAGUAUUGUCCGUUAUCUUAUUUCUGUCAGAGACUAAUUUUUCACGUAGACUCUUGAAUUUAUUAAUUUAGUGUGACUUUCUGAGAUCCAAGUAAUUUAUGAGAUUCAAGUAAUAGAAAGUGUGACGAUCAUGGACGCUUCUGUUUGUUGUAUGUAGAGGAGAGGCAAUGAUGUGAGAGUCCUAAAUAAAACUACUGUUAUAGUCUGUGAUAGUUUGAACCCCGUUGUCUCCUUUGAGACCUCAGGAACCUUAAAAACCGGUGGUCAUGGCAUGUUUACUAAGUCUUCAGCGUGUUAGUAAAUGACAAUUCUUUCAGCUCAUAGUGAAAAGUAAUGUGGUAUAGGUCUCUACUACUUACAAGUUCAUAGAGUGCGCUACUGGCAAAUAUUGUAAAAGAAAAAUAUUCAAGAAAGAAUAACGCUUUGUGUAUGACGGAGAUUAUGUCUAAAAUGGGGUCAAAUUAAGUUGAGGCUUUUAUUGCGGAUUUUGCUUCCGUUGAGUGUACAUUUACUCAUAAAGCUAAUCUUGGAAUAACUUAGAUUGCAUUAUUGCAAGUAUCGCAUGCUGCGUGUAAAAGAUGAAAGUCUUAGAAAUCUGACUUGUUUUAUAAAUAAUUAUGAACAAC